AUGUUCUUCGUGUUAGCCAUGGUUCUUCUCUCACUCACUCGUAUCACCAACGAGAUUCGAACAAACGAGCCAAUCCUGCUAAAUUUCGAUAAAUGUUCGUUAAACAUCGGCUCAAUCGCGAACGCACAACUCAAAUCCUCUGAUAAAGUCUCCAUUCCGUGUGUGGAUGGAAUGAAUCUGACUGUUAGUGUGAUCAAAGAGCUGAUGAACAAGGAAAUGCUAAACAUGGAAGCAAAAUCCUUAUGUGUAGGAGAUGGAGCAGAUUCAGUCGCUUUCACAUUGCGAGAACUCGGAUUCUCCAAUGCAAUUGGUGUUCACAGGAACCCUCUUCUAUCCCUUCUACAGAAACAAUUCCAACACAAACUAGACUUCGAUUCCAAUUCUUUCGACUUUGUGUUCUCUAGAACCCUAAACAGGGUCUCCGUUCCAGCUCUUCUUGUGCUAGAAAUCGAACGCGUAUUACGCCCUGGUGGUGUUGGCGCCAUGCUCGUAGGCUCCUCCACCUUCCGUAUGCUCAAUCUAGUAAGAUCUGCAACUCCAAUUUCAUUACUCUUAAGAUCUUCCGAGAUUCUUCACGUUUGUGGGAUAGAUCCCUUCACCCUAAUCGUGUUCAAGAAACAAUUAGACAGUGUCACCUUCUUUGAAAACUACAAGCUUCCUUCCGAAUGUCCAUCAAUCUCAAAAAACAAACCUUUUAUGCAAUACAUCGAGCCUCUUUCUGAUCCAAAUCUUUCAUACUUACCCACAUCUGUAAACAUUUCAUCAAGAAACAGGCUGAUUAACAUCAACAUGGGGGGACACAAAUUCGACCCACAUUACCCAAUCCAUCCUGAUUCUUUCAAUGUUUAUGUGGUUGAUCACGACAUAUCUGCUCUCAUCUCCCAUGUGAAAAAACCUGGUGUAACAUUCGUAUACCACCCGGGUCUUACUGAAGAAGAUAAAACAAUUCCUAGUUUGAUGUCUGCUGAUUAUCUUGAAGCUCCAUUGCAUGAAGAAGAGUUUGAAUUCAUUGAUUGGUUUAAAGAAACAGCAAAAGAUGGAGACUUUGUUGUUCUUUCGAUGAAUUCAGGAGUGGCCCAAUUGAAGGUAUUAUUUGAGUUGUUUGAAAGUGGUGCCAUUUGUCAUGUUGAUGAGCUGUUUUUGAGAUGUGAUGAUGGUGUUGAUUGUAGAAGUGGGUAUUGUAAAGACUGUAUGAGUCUUUAUAAUGGUCUGAGAAAUGUUGGUGUGUUUGUGCACCGAAUGUUGGAUGAGUGA